UUGAGUGUGGUUGUCAUUUCAAAUGAAGUCUGAAGAGAUGUGUUGGAGAGAGAUUUGCUUCGUUCCUUGCUUGAGCCAAGGAAACGAAAAGUUACUUGUUCAAAGGGAAACUCGUUUCCUUUCAAGCUUUCCAUAUGGCUACUCUCUACACCCACGGAAAUGCACUGAGUUUAACAAACGCAAGAGCCCACUUGUUACCACAAGGAAACGACCAACCACUUUGACAACUUUCAUGUCCUCUUCAACCAUUCAAGAAAGUGCAAAACAAACGGAAGACAAGACGUGGUUACAGUCCAUUCUUGACUGUAGGGAAAGCACCGCAAAUCAUGAAGACACAGCAGUCUUGAAUAGUUUGCAUAGGGAAGCGGAGGAGGAACUGAAGACUCGACUAAGGAUUCCUGGAAGAAAGGAUGAACUAUGGCGUUUUACGAAUCUCCGAAAUUUAUUUUUGACAAGAUUCCAGACUUCUUCUCAUCGUGUAGACAACCAACUGCUCGAGUCCUUGUUCGAAAAGGACGUACAGUCUCAGCGAGUUGUUUUAGUGGACGGUGUUUUUGACCCUUUUCUUUCCAACAUUUCAAAUAUACCUGACCGAAUUUUCAUUGGUUCAGUAACAGAGUUGGAUGUAGAACGUCAACGAUGGAUAUAUGAGUUGACGAAAAAGGGAGAGACCGGAAUUCAGGAAACCAAUAUAUUUGGAGCCAUUAAUUUGGCAAGUUUUCGUGACAUAACAAUUGUUUGGAUACCACAAGAUGUUUCGUUGCAAGAUUAUAUCCAUUUAUGUUGCUAUUCAUCGAAUUGUUUGAAUUCUUCAUUUUAUGGGAUUUCACAUCCAAGAAUAGUUGUAGUUGUUGAAGGAGGUUCUCAUGUAAAAAUAUUACAACAUCACUUUGGUGCAUCUGGAGGUUAUUUGGAUAACUUCGCUACUUCCAUUAGUAUAGGAGAUAGUGCAACUUUAGAGUAUUAUAUUGUCAAUGAAUGCCCCAAAGAUGCUCUCUGGCUAGGAUCUUUGAACGCUCAACUUGAACAAUAUUGUACAUUUCAGUUUCGCUUCCUUUCUUCAGGCAGUAAAGUUGGUCGUCUAACGAUGACCACUGAUUUAGUAGGAAGAGAGUCGAAUACUUCAUUACAUGGUUUGGCAAUUGCAAAUGAAGAAAGAACGUUGGAUUUUCAUUCAUUUGUUGAUCAUCGCGUACCAAGUUGUCACUCGGAACAGUUGCAGAGGAAUUUGGUUGCUGAUCGUUCCCAAUGUGUGUUUAGAGGUCUUGUUAAGAUUAGAAGGGAAGCUCCGCAUACUUGUGCGCAUCAGUUGUGUCGUUCUAUGUUGUUAUCAAAUCGUGCUCAAACAAAAACUAUGCCAAUGUUGGAAAUUGCAAACGACGAAGUAGAAUGUUCUCAUGGCGCUACUGUUUCUGAAAUAGAGGAGGAUGAAUUGUUUUAUUUGUUGUCACGAGGCAUACCAGAAUGGGAUGCUCGUGUCUUGUUAGUAAGAAGCUUUUCUUUGGAAUUGUUAAAGGAGUUUCCAUUUCCUUCGAUUGUUGCUCGUAUGGAAAGUCUCAUUGCACAAGUAGUGAAUAAUUCCAAGGAAGAAAAAGUGAUUGAAGCGGAUACUGUUGAGGAAGGACAAUGGGAUUGGACCACUUGAGUAUUUUAGAUUAGCAGCAAAUAGAAACGAAGUAACUUGGGUGGUUGUUCUAUAUUCUUAUGGAGAUAAAGUAUAAGGGAGUCUUGGUUUAAUAUGUACAAUGU